AUGGAAUAUGUCGGUGACAGCUAUGUGGGUGAAUAUAAAAACGAAAGGUUGGAUAGUCUUUCAUGUACUUCUGAGCAGCCAUCUUACAGGAUGGAAGGGCAAGGCACCUACACAUUAUCUACUGGAACCCGCUACGUUGGGGGCAUGAAAGAUGGCAUGUUUCAUGGCGAGGGGACAUUGUAUUAUACCGGUGGUAGCAAAUUUGUUGCAAACUGGGUGAACGGACAUCCGGAAAACGGGAAAAUAAUAUUUUCCGACGGUCUAGAAUAUGUUGAAGGAUCUCACUAUUGCGACGAAUAUGAUAGGCGAUUUUACACUGAGAUAUGCAACGGCCUCAAACCAGCUGGUCGAUCGCAGUUGGUGAACAAUGAGCCUCCACGACAGAUACCUGAAGGCUGUUACGACACGGGCGACGGCUUUUAUGACCCCAUAAAGCGCAUCGUGGUGAGUUACGAAGGAAAAUUCUUGCGCAACGCGGAUACGGAUGAGCAUUCUUGGAUAAUCGCCAAAUGCCGGAAAGCCUGGGAUGAACAUGUGGGGGCGACAUACGACCACACAGUGGAAGGGGAGAUAUCGAAACCAUAUUGA